CCGACGAGCCAAUCGGAGUAGGCUACGCUGAUGUACUGUUGACUUCAGUUAUUUACCGUCCGUAAUCCUUAAAAAGCCAAGACGCUUAGCGGCCGGAGCCGACGUUCACGGCGGGGGUCAUGGCGCGAUGCUUGGCCACCCUCGCUGGUCCGGUUCCCGGCCCUCGAACUGCCGGACCGUUCAGCAAACACCAGGACAUGUGAGAUCGGAGAAGAGGAGUCCGCUUCGGACGGAAAUGGCGGACGCUUUGGGUUAAAGCCGGCUUUGAGUCUAGGAGUGAUGGGUGCGCACAGUUAGCGCCGCAUGCUUAUUUUAUUUUCACCUGAAGCUUUUAUUGUGGUGGUUUACGAGGCCGGGACGCUGGGACGGAUUACCGACUAGGCGGUGAUGAUUCGGAGGUUGGGGUUGCUAUACAGUAUACAGUCUGGCUGCAGAAACAUGUGAAAGUGCACAUGAGCCCUUUACAGCAUCUCUGUGUGACUCACACACUGGAGAUGGGAGUAUCACCUACGGACUCUGAUAUGACCGCCCGUGACCAGGGGGUGAAGCACCCGUCUCCUGGCAGCCUGCCAGUCAUCGCCAGCCCAAAGUACUGCCCUGGGGACCCCAGUGGCGGCGGCUACCUAUGUGAAUCGGGCCACUGCUGUGGGGAGACAGGCUGCUGUACCUACUACUACGAGCUGUGGUGGUUCUGGCUGCUCUGGACCGUGCUGAUCCUGUUCAGCUGCUGCUGCGCAUACCGGCACCGGCGGGCCAAACUGCGGGUACAGCAACAGCAGCGGCAGCGAGAGAUAAAUCUGAUGGCGUACCAUGGCGCCCGCAGCCACCCGGCCUCCAUGCUGGACCUCAGUUUCCUGGCCUCCUUCAAGCUACCGUCCUAUGAGGAGGUGGCGGCACAACCCCGGACGCCCCCCCCACCAUACAGCACAGUAUUCGCACUGCACGGGGGCCGGCACGGCGAGCGCGCUGGACCCAGUGGUCUGGCAUCCUCCCAGAGUUCGGAUAACUACACCAGCUGCUCCUGCGAGUCCUGCUCCAGCGUGUCAGCCAGCAGCAGCUCCAUGUCCAUGCAGGCGACGUAUGAGACCAACACCAGCAAUGCCAGCACGCCGGGGGAGACGGACGAGUCUCGGGCCCCCAGCGCUGACACGGCUCGGCCUGCAACAGCCUCCCCACCACCCCUGCCCCCUCCCACCCUCACACCCCCACAGGUGGCAGAGCAGAGUGAGCGAGAUUCCCCCAUAGAGCAGGCCCCAUGCGAGCAAGCCUCCCCAGAGCGCAGCCUGUCCCCGCCCAAGCGCACCCUGUUCUCCUCCACUGUGGACUUCUUCGAGCCAGAUACCAGUCACACAUCUGACGCCGAGGAGGAGGACAGCCACGCCGAGGGUGGCCACUUCCGGCACCGGCUGCUGACGGGUGACUCAGGCAUCGAGGUGUGCCGAUGCAAGGUAGAGAGCGAUGACGAGGAUGAGGAGGCAGGGGCUGGUGGAAACACAGAGGCUGGUGAGGGCAUUGCCUCCAUCCACGACAGCGCCGACUGCACGGGUCGCGCUGAGGUCACCUGCGGGACAAAGGCAGAGGAGGGAGGUGCUGUCUGUGGCAGUGUGAGCCUUGGCUGUGUCGAUGAUGCUGUCAUCGCCGUGGAGUCCAUGUAGGCUGAGGAUGGUGAGGUGGGACUAACAUCCUCCAAAGAGAAGGCGACUUAGCGAGGAAACCCAGGGAGCCUUAUAACUCCCAGGCGACCUGCCGUAGCACUUUUCCGAGUGUGACUCAGAACAAACAGGAGUCUUGAAGGGCAGUAAAUGCAGGUGCUCCUUUUCGGUGGUCAGCACGUGUCGCCCUCUGGUUUUCUCACCAAACCACGACAGCAAGCUGCCAUGAUGCACUUCUGCAUCGCCUGGGCUGCUCACUGAAAUACUAACUAAUAGUGUUACAAAGGCAAUAAUAAUGGUGAUGGUGGUACGCUACCAGGGGGGUGCCAACAAUGUUAUUUACUGCAGCCGUUAGGACCUCAUAGUAAGGAGACUGAGGAGGGAGCGUUGAAAACUGCUGUAGUGGCUGUCAGAGUAGUGGAGAUACUGAAGCCUGCUCUAUCUCUUCCCAAAGCAAGAGACAAGACUUUAAGUGCUCCUUUUGAACCCUGAAGGACACUUUGGUCUUGAGCUGUGAAGUGAUGCCCUCCCCCAGUGCCGCAUUUCUGCCAGACCCCUGUUCUGUGACCUGGGUGCCACCCACCCCUCCCUCCCCUUUGGAAAGAGCUGUCCUUAGAUGAUUUCUGGGCAGGCUGCUGUUAGUGCUGCUUAACUGUUUUUACUAACACUGCCAGGGGUGUCCUCUCUGAGGGAAGCAGCCAGAUGCUCCUCGUGGUCUCCUUACAUGUUUCUGUUUAGGUCCGUGGUGAAGAUGUGAUUUAGAGCAUGUUCAUAGCAUGGGCUCUGGUCUGACCAGGUUAACCAUGCUGAGCCACGGUCACUUACCAGGCAUUGGUUAAGGAGUCUCUCCUACCUUGGUCCUUAACUGCUGCACUUCCUGUCCUGCCUGUGGGCCUUCGCAGGGUUGAUGAUGGACCUGAUCUCUGAUUGACCAUGUUUCAAAGUCAUUCUUUAUGUCACUGCAAUAUUACUGUCUGUGUGUAUCUGCACGAGGUUCCACCUCCUCAAGCUAUUAACUGCUGUUCCUACUGAGUAAUGCUGUAUGAAUGAUUGAUGUACUGUUCGAAACUCUUAGAUGGCAGCUUAUACUGUAUGGACAUGUCCUUAUUCCCACACCAGGACACACAUGGAUGGCGUGACUAGUGACGUGUAUCUAGCUAACCGUGUGACCGAUCCCACUGCCUCUGUACAUGUUUCACAAGUGCUCCAUACAGCAGUUUGACAACAAUUUGACAUGAAUGAAAGCAGCAGGAGCGGAAAUGAGAUUGCCCUCUUACCCUGUUAAGGUGACUCACUUUGUGUUGGCAUAAGUUAGACCUCUGGAGAUGUUAGGUGCUAUCAACUGAAAGGCACUUACCACCACGUGCAGCCACACUGACCCUUGCUAAGAUUUCCUUUUUUAAAUGUUUUGCCAGCUGUGUGUCACAGAGGGUAAACAGAGAGUCUUGCUGAUGGGACAGGGUGGUACAAGCCAGCCUGUGACUGACGCGAGACCAGCUCUAAGAGGCACGAGGGAUGACGCAUCGGUGGGGAGAGUGAAAACGCUGACCAUGUGCUCCCCACACCCCAGUUCCCCCCCCCCCUCCUAUUCACUCUCUCAGAAAUUCCAAUACAGGCUGCUGUUCACGGUCCUGGAAGGGCAUAAUUUGUACAGGUUUAAGCCCACGUCUGUGUGCUGCUGAAAGAGCGAGUAAAUACAGAUUGUAACUGCCAGGACCAUGAACAAGGGUCUACAGUUCUCAGGAAAAUCCUGAGGUUCUGUCAUCACUGGAGGAACUCAGGGGAACCAAGAAAUGCUGGUCCUGGAGAGGAGUCCAUGUUCUGACUAAAUACGUACUCCCACCCGGAGAACGUUCUCUUAAAGAUCUCUGCUGAUCCCUAUCAAUGGCACCUGAUGUUUUUGAUUGAAUCCUGCUCUGUCCUCCCCCUCUCCGCUGGUCCUCAGCACUGGCCCCUUGUCCUUUAACUGAUUCCUGCACUGUCCUCCCCCUCUCUGCUGGUCCUCAGCACUGGCCCCUUGUCCUCUUACUGAUUCCUGCACUGUCCUCCCCUCUCUGCUGGUCCCCAUCACUAGAAUCUGAUCUUUUGACUGAUUCCUGCUCUGUCCUCUUCCUCUCCGCUGAUCCCCAUCAAUGGCACUGUCCUUCCCCUCUCCUGAUCCACAGUAAAAUGGUGCAUGUGUGAGAGAGAGCUGAGCCAGUUUGCUGCUUCUGUCAGGUUGUCACCCUUGUCUCUUCGUGGUGCAGUAAGCAGGAUGUGACACUGAAUCCCACUCAUAAGCAUUACCUCUCAGUCACUUACUCAGAGGUCUCCCAGCUAGCGUGGGAGCAUAAUCUUCUCAUUAUGUAAAUAUCUGAAAUUGGAUGAAGAGAUGUGAAGCUCACCUUGCAAGAUAUUCAUUCUGUGUCUUCAAACGCUUCAUAUUUGUCUGUGUAACACGUCACUCCAGAAGUGAGAGGCCAACAUUAAAAUUGAUAAUGUUCAAACAUGAUCUUAUCUGAAUACCUAGAAACUCUAAGCAUAAAAUCCUUUGUCUCAUGCAUAGUUACACUUGGAGCAUUAUGGGUUCAUCUGUGUUAGAUGUGUGCAUCUUUCAGAAAUUAUGUUCUGUUUGACCCUUGCUGUGGCUUGUCUCUAAAGGCUGUUUGAAUGUAUUUGGGGACAUUUAAAAUUGAUGCCAGUCACCUGGUCACCAGGCAGCUGCUGUCACCACUGCUCCAUGGUGACACACUAAUGAGGCUCCCUGGUUACGCAUCACUCAUUGUCAUAAACCUUACGGCCCAUAUUUACAUGACUUUACAAAACUGUAAUUUCACAUGGUUUUCACUGGUGGGGCUGAAUGACUGUAUUUGACUUGAUUUUUUUUAUUCUCAGGAAGAGUGUUUUGGGUGUCUGCUUUAGGUAGCAUGUGUCUGAGAGAGUGAUGAAGGCCUCUGGCCAUGGUCUUCAUUAGGUCGCUGUUAUAUGAAGACGGGUCUUCUGUAAAUCGUGCCCAUGCAUGGCUCGAGGACACAUCUAACAUAUUGGCAUUUCCUCAUUGCUUAAUCAUUUCAACUGUAGGUGUUUUUUGGAAUUUUUGGAACAAACGCCCAUGUUAUUUAUGAUGUUUACUGUUACCUCCUAACUCAAUAAAUUCUAAAAAGCCGA